UCCACUGGAUUCAAAUAACUUAAUCAUCUUUCAAACUUGUGGCUUUCACGAGUACAGUCUUCUAUGUGUUGUCAUAUCUAUUUUUUUCUAUAUAUAAUCAACGUAUCUUCUUUGGUAGUGUAGAGAGUUCAAGACCAAACUCAUAACUAACUUGACAAAAGCUUACAACUGGGAGAGACACUAAUUAGUUAAGGUCUGCAUACUCUAUAGUUUUCUAAACACUUGUUGGUGAAAUUAAUCAUGGCCGAUCAAGUAUCAGGCGAGAAUCCGACCGAGAAGACGGUCGAGAAGCUGACCGAGACGCCGACAGGAGUUAAUAGAUAUGCACUUCAAUGUGCUAUUGUCGCCUCCAUCGUCUCCAUCAUCUUUGGUUACGAUACUGGUGUAAUGAGUGGAGCGAUGGUGUUUAUAGAAGAAGAGUUGAAGACAAACGAUGUUCAGAUCGAAGUUCUCACUGGUAUUCUCAACCUUUGUGCACUCGUCGGAUCACUACUCGCCGGAAGAACGUCGGACGUGAUCGGUCGGCGUUACACAAUCGUCUUGGCCUCAGUACUCUUCAUGCUGGGCUCAAUACUAAUGGGCUGGGGUCCGAGUUAUCCUGUACUCCUCACCGGUCGAUGCACUGCCGGACUAGGAGUUGGUUUUGCUCUAAUGGUUGCUCCGGUUUACUCGGCCGAGAUAGCAACCGCUUCGCAUAGAGGACUCUUAGCUUCCCUACCUCACCUUUGCAUCAGUAUAGGGAUUCUACUAGGCUAUCUACUGAAUUACUUCUUCUCCAAGCUACCGAUGCAAAUAGGUUGGAGGCUGAUGCUAGGUAUAGCCGCGGUCCCGUCCCUAGUGCUAGCCUUCGGGAUCUUGAAAAUGCCGGAAUCUCCGCGGUGGUUGAUCCUACAAGGCCGCCUCGGAGAGGGGAAGAAGGUACUAGACUUGGUGUCGAACUCGCCCGAAGAGGCGAAAAUACGGUUUCAAGACAUUAAAAUAGCUGCCGGAAUCGACCCCAAGUGCGAGGAUGAAGUGGUGAAGAUGGAGAACAAGAAGACACACGGAGAAGGUGUUUGGAAAGAACUCAUUUUAAGACCUACUCCUGCGGUAAGACGGGUUCUUUUAACCGCAUUAGGGAUUCAUUUCUUCCAGCACGCGACGGGAAUCGAAGCCGUGCUGCUAUACGGUCCGAAGAUUUUUAAAAGAGCAGGAAUAACGGCUAAAGACAAGCUGUUCUUGGUCACAAUCGGUGUCGGAAUCAUGAAAACGACGUUUAUUUUCACGGCGACUUUCUUGCUCGACAAGGUAGGUCGGAGGAAGCUUUUGUUGACCAGCGUCGGAGGAAUGGUUUGCGCGUUGACGAUGUUAGGAUUUGGGCUUACGAUGGCCCAGAACUCAGGCGGGAAGCUAGCUUGGGCUUUGGUGCUCAGCAUAGUUUCAGCUUACAGUUUCGUCGCGGUUUUCUCUAUUGGGCUUGGCCCAAUAACUUGGGUCUACAGCUCUGAGGUGUUCCCGUUGAAGCUUAGAGCGCAAGGAGCGAGUCUCGGCGUUGCGGUGAACAGAGUCAUGAACGCCACCGUGUCGAUGUCGUUUCUCUCGUUGACUAAGGCGAUAACCACCGGAGGAGCUUUCUUUAUGUUCGCCGGAGUAGCUGCGGUGGCGUGGAAUUUCUUCUUCUUCCUCAUGCCGGAGACUAAAGGAAAGUCGCUUGAAGAGAUCGAAGCGCUUUUUCAAAGAGACGGCGAUCAUAAAGUACGCGGCGAAAACGGCACCGUUUAAUGUUUUUGUUUUUGU